AUGGUCGACUUCCCUCCGUCCGAAACGACUGCCCUGGGCGGAGUCGCAGCUGCCUUUGAUGUGCCUCCGCAUUGGCCAGAACCGCCUGGCUUGGCGACCUGCCCGCCCUUGCCUCCCCUCAGCUGUGGGGUCAGCCCCCCGACCGAACUCACUGCCAAAGAGCCUAAGGUACGGAUAGAGGUCGGCACCAGCCUUUUCCCAGGUGGAUCUGGGCCUUGGAUUGGAUCUGGACGGGAGAAGGGGGGCAACGGAGCCAUCGAGCGUGGGGCCGCCGACUCUGCGUAA